AUAGCCAUUUUGCACGUAUUUGUUUGCUGGAGAAACCCUGUCUGAGCAGAGCCGCGAGGAGUUCCCGAAGCUCUAUUCUCCAGAAAAAUGACUUUCAAGCGAAGGAACGGAGGCCGCAACAAGCACGGCCGUGGCCAUGUCAACUUCAUCCGCUGCUCCAACUGCGGCAAAUGUUGCCCGAAGGAUAAGGCCAUAAAGAGAUUCCUUGUCAGGAAUAUUGUUGAACAGGCUGCUGUCAGGGAUGUCCAGGAGGCUUGUGCCUUUGAUUCGUACACACUUCCCAAGCUGUAUGUGAAAAUGCAAUACUGUGUGUCUUGUGCAAUUCACUCCAAGGUGGUUAGGGUUCGUUCAGUAACUGAUAGAAGGGUCCGUGAGCCUCCACAGCGUUUCAGGCGCCCAAGGGAUGAUCAGCCAAAGCCAGGUCAAGCCCCACGACCCGCAGGACCACCAACUGCUGCCCGUACCUAGACGCCCCUUGUGUUAUUUUGUUCUCACUAGACUGUUUCUUUUUACUCUCAAGGGGAAGCUAUGGAGUUAAUAUAUGUUGGUUUUGAUGUUUGUCUGUUAAGGUUUUGGACUAAAUGUCACAUUGUUCCUCUAUGUUGGUGACACAACAAAGAUUACAGUUCUAUGAAUUUUGUCAAUUUCCAUAGUGGUUUCUUUCCAUUUUGUUCAA